UGUGUGACGUCACCGGACGUUUACGGAACGCUUGAAAGGUGACGUCACUUCUUCCGUCCUCGCACACAGUGAAAGAAGGACCGAUUGAGUCACAGACCGUCAAUGACAACAUGGCGAACAGAGACGACGAAUAUGAUUUUCUCUUUAAAGUUGUGCUGAUUGGCGACUCCGGAGUGGGCAAGAGCAACUUACUGUCUCGCUUCACCAGAAAUGAGUUCAACCUGGAAAGCAAGAGCACCAUCGGGGUGGAGUUUGCCACGCGCAGCCUUCAGGUGGACGGCAAGACCAUCAAGGCUCAGAUUUGGGACACGGCCGGACAGGAACGCUACCGCGCCAUCACCUCGGCGUACUACCGGGGUGCUGUGGGCGCUCUUCUGGUGUAUGACAUCGCCAAGCACCUGACCUACGAGAAUGUAGAGCGCUGGCUGAAGGAGCUGAGGGACCACGCCGACAACAACAUCGUCAUCAUGCUGGUGGGCAACAAAAGCGAUCUGCGACACCUGAGGGCCGUGCCCACCGACGAGGCGCGGGUGUUUGCGGAAAAGAACACACUGGCGUUCAUCGAGACCUCCGCGUUGGACUCCACAAAUGUGGAAGAAGCGUUUAAGAACAUCCUAACAGAAAUCUACCGCAUCGUGUCCCAGAAGCAGAUGGCUGAGCGGUGCGCCCACGACGAGUCGCCGGGCAACAACGUGGUGGACAUAAGCGUCCCGCCUACCAGCGACGGCCACAAGGGGCCCAGAGUGCAAUGCUGCCAGAACCUGUGACCCCUCAUCAUUCUUCAACCUGAAAUCACCUAGGACAAGCACUUUUUUUCCCCCCACGUUGUCAUCAAAGACACAUGUUGAAUGCUCACCGAGCCGCCGCCAGCGAGCAUUUCAGCCCUGACCAAAAAGUCUUAAUGGCAGUCAAGCAGUAUUAGUGGCUCCCCGUCCGCCUUCUUUUGCGUCAUGCCAAAUAUAUUUAUAGAACGUCAUUGUGUAUUUAUUGAACGCUUAAUGCUUUGAGUUGUCUUGUUUUUUUUUUUGUUUUUUUUUUUAGGGGGAAAGAGUUCAAAACUUAAUGUUUACAAUAAAAUGAAUAAAAUCUUUGUCUUAUUUUUGGAGUUGCUGAAAAUAGACAAAAAUGUUCUGCCUUUACUAAGUUCAGUUUUAAUAAAUUGGUUUAUUAUAGCUUCAUAACAAAACUUUUUACAGAUAAAGUAGUUUAGCAAUUAAACAUUGAUUAUAUUAAAUGUUUGAAAAAUAAAACUGAGCCAACAAAAAUUAUUUGUAAUAUUUUCAAAUACUUUUGUCAAUACUUACAAGCUGUAUAUAUGUAUUUUACAGGUACAGUGCAUCACAAAAGUGAGUACACCCCUCGCAUUUCUGCGGAUAUUCAAGUAUAUCUUUUCAUGGGACAACACUAACAAAAUGACACUUUUACACAAUGGAAAAGUCUGUGUGCAACUUAUAUAAUAGUUGAUUUAUUUUCCCUUCAAAAUAUAGCCAUUAAUAUCUCAACCCCUGGCAACAAAAGUGAGUCCACCGCAUGGGAACUCCGUACAUCCCUAAAUGUCCAAAGUGAGUACUGCUUGUCAUUUUCCCUCCAAAAUGUCAUGUCACUCGUUACAGGAGUGCUGUCAGCAUUGCUGCAGAGAUUGAAGAGGUGGGGGGUCAGCCUGUUAGUGCUCAGAUCAUACGCCGCACUCUACAUCAAACUGGUGUGCAUGGCUGUCACCCCAGGAGGAAGCCUCUUCUGAAGACUGUACACAAGAAAGCCCACCCAUCUCAUCAGACCAUAGGAUUUCAGUAGGUUCCAGUAAUCCAUGUACUUUGUUGACAUGUCAUCAGCAAACUGUUUGUGGGCUUUCUUGUUUUUCCCAAUUUUUGUUUGUUUGGAUCGAUUAUUAAUAUUUGAAAUAUCAGGGGAAAUGCAACAAACAGAAAAAUACAAUUAAGCGAUGGGUCACGGAUAUCUCGUAACUAUUUACAGACACUAUUUUUUUCAUUGAGACGUAAUUUGUUUAAAACGUUUAAAAUAUGCGAGUGAAUCAUUUUUAAUUUUUUUUUUUUUAACUAAAUAUUAGACAUCAAUUAAUGAUUCUGAGCUAAAAAUGAUAGACAUUUCGAAUAAUAACUAAAAUUACCGUAUUGGCCCGAAUGUAAGACAGCCCUGAUUAUAAGAUGACCCCGUCUUUUUCAAGACUCGUUUGAAAAAAGACUUUUUGAACACCAAAUUAAUUUUUAUACAGAAAAUAAUUACAGUACACCCAAAACAAAUGAUUAUAACAAUAUAUUUGAGAGAAAAAGCAUGUUAUUUUGCCUCAUUCAAAACUUAAUAUCUGAACAUUUAAAUAUGUAAACUAGAGUGAAAUCACAUUCGUAAAUGAAUGGCUUCUGGUUUUUGAAAUGUAAAUAAACCAAUCUAUUGCGAUAAAACAAAAAAAAUUGCAAUAACUGCAUUAACCAUCAAAGUGAAGUCUAACUGUAACUGUAGUCUUGAAACAAAUCUGAAUAAAGAAAAACAUUGCAAUAAAAUAAUGCAAACUGAUUAAACUUGAGAGUAGCUGAGAUCUGUCAUGACAGAACAUCGCUUCAAUGAUAUCUGGCGCCAUCUAGCGUCGUGAAUGGGUAUAAUGUCUAGACCGCGUAUAUAAGACGAUCCCCUCUUUUUCAGUGUUAUUUCAAUGCAAAAAACGUCUUAAAUUCGGGCCAGUACGGUACUUACCUUCUUUUUUUGACUGGGUUGACACAAAAGCGGUUGCGCGAUGUCUGUAAACAUGGGUCCCCAGGGUAAAACAGACGAAUAAAAAUAGCUUGGGGUGCUAAAUGCACCAUGAAACUGCUACGGCAGUAUAUAGACACAUUGUUCUAUCAAACACAACAGUUGUUUUGGCUUAAAAUACAGCAGUUUAUUUUAAAGAGUGGUGCGAGAGCAGAAUAUGCUUUUUCAGCCUUGUCUGUGUUUUCCACCAUAUAUCAAAAAAAGUUUUAUAUAUCAAAUGAAUGGAAUGAAAAUCAUAUUAAAUUUGAGAUUGUACUUAACCCCUUCAGACCUCAACAUGGUGCUGAAGGACAUGACGCGUUCGCGUCUCUAAAUCAAUAAAUACAUUGAGUUUAGUUGCUAUUGCCACUUCUGGGAGAUAAUUGGGCGAAACUUAACCCAUCGAAAUCAAAUCAUGAGUUUUAACACUCUUUGCUAUUUUUGGCUCUUUGAAAAUGGCUGAGAAAAAAACGUAACUUUAAAAAGGUAAACGUAAGUGCUCAUUUCUUAUGAAAAACAAUGUUACAUUAACAUUAAAAAUAACCAAUAAAAGCAUGAAAUAUCCCAACCAAAAAAUUGCACUUUGUUCUAGUAUAAUUGUGAUUGUGAAGAUUACUUGAAAUUUAAAUAAGUACGCAUUUUUAGUAGGGCUGUCAAACGAUUAAAAAUUUUAAUUGUGUUAAUCACAGCUUAAAAAUCAAUUGUAAUUGAUAGCAAUUCAAAACAACUUUAAAAAGGCAAACGUAAGUGCUCAUUUCUUAUGAAAAACAAUGUUACAUUAACAUUAAAAAUAACCAAUAAAAGUAUGAAAUAUCCCGACCAAACAAUUGCACUUUGUUCUAGUAUAAUUGUGAUUGUUAAGAUUACUUGACAUUUAAAUAAGUACGCAUUUUUAGUAGGGCUGUCAAACGGUUAAAAUUUUUAAUCGUGUUAAUCACAGCUUAAAAAUUAAUUAAUCGUAAUUAAUCGCAAUUCAAAACAACUUUAAAAAGGCAAACGUAAGUGCUCAUUUCUUAUGAAAAACAAUGUUACAUUGGUUAAAAAUAACCAAUAAAAGCAUGAAAUAUCCUGACCAAAAAAUUGCACUUUGUUUUAGUAUAAUUAUAAUUGUUAAGAUUGCUUGAAAUUUAAAUAAGUACGCAUUUUUAGUAGGGCUGUCAAAUGAUUAAAAAAUUUAAUUGUGUUAAUCACAGCUUAAAAAUUAAUUA